CUGAGCCAGUCGUUUGGGACUGACCGUGACGCGCAGUCGCCAUACAGGGCGUUCCAUCACUUCUUGCAAUACUACCGACAUUGUUAGAAGAAAGCGUCAGGUUAACUUCCACAGCCGUUGCUUUGGCGUCGUUGUCACAAUCAUCAAGGGUUGUGAAUUCUUCGUUGUGCAAUCUGUCAUAUUUUGGUGUGGAUCACGAUUCAUUCAGCUUGCUUCUUUUGGUUCUAGAAUUGCCAUCAACGUUCGUGUUCGGCUGCGAGGAAUGUACCCCGGCCUUCAGGAAAGCUCUGCUCGAUAUACCACUUUUCUUUGUCGCCGCUGGAUCAAACCCCCUCUUAUCGCCCCUGAACGACUUGAAGCGGCCGGAAUCGGUUUUGGCGGUUGAGCGUCGUAGAACGCGACCUUACUCGAAAGCAAUUUUGCCGAAUCUGUUGGCGAGCCUCCUGUUGUUGGAAAUAGCUCGACUCGAAAGUUUUCACGCAGUUCGGCACAGACCUUGUCCGGGUACGGUUCAGUCCGCUUCAUUCCUAGUCGGCGGCGCGUUCCGUUUGAAUUUUGUGCAAUCCACUCGCCGCGCGUAUUAUUUUUUCUGCGUGUGGGCUUGUACCUGAUCGGCAAGCUGUUUGGUCAUCAUCAUUCAGCGGGCAUCAGCCACGGCUGGCCGCCCGCAAUGAAAUACUGCUCCCAGUAUCGUCGAUUAAGUGGGUCGGUAUUUUCGAGUCCAAAGAUUAUAACCGGAGCCGGGAACAACCCGUUUGCCGUUAGAAGCUCUCCUGGUCGAGUGAACAAUGAGAAUAGCGGUGACACAGUAAACAAUUCGUCCGCUUCCAUCAUAGCGCCCAGUAAAUUUGGUGCUACAGCUUCGUCUCCUUGCAACUCCUCCAAUUCGGUUCAAGCUGUCGGAUUUUCUGCUUCGUCUUCAACAAGCCAUUCCCUCAAAGAGUCUCAUGAUGCCUCAGAAUGUAACGGUUCCUCUAAACCGCUACUGCGUCCGUCUCUCAUCGGAACGGGGAAUUCUUUUACGUCGUCCGGGAAUUCCCAAAACCAUAGCAUUUUGAAGCCAGCCACAUUGGGAAAUCCUUUUUCAAGAGCGGUUGAUUUUUCGGUCGAAGAGUCACCCACCGCCCAGCAGCCCGGACCCCGACGCGACUCGGGAACCGAUGCGACCGAAACCAAACCGACACUCCUGAUACCCUCUCGAUUAAACAACGUCAGUGCUGUUGGGGCAUCAUCAAAUGCUCGAGCCGGCGAGGGUAGUGACGAAGCUUCUGAAUUGGCUACAAUUCCGGCUACAUUAUCGGAUGCAGCAGCUGCAGAAUCAGUUAUUCCGUCGGCCGUCCCACGCCCAUCUCUUACUUCCGGCAGUCUCUUCUCAACUACAGUGACCUCAGUUCCUUCUGUUGCCAACCCUGCCCCUCCUACUCCCACUGCUUGUGCCAACUUCGUGUUCGGACAGAAGCUUCACGAAAGAGUAGCGAACCCUAAUCACACCUCUACAGAACCUACAUCCAAUGGUGCUGAAUCUAAUGCUAAUCUAUUUACCGUUAUUCCUAAGGAGAAAACUGAAUCCGAAACAGCUUCAACUAAUGGAAUAGCGGCAAGCAAGACCCUAUCGGAUUCAGCUCGGGAGUUGGAGGAAGCGCGAGCUGCAAAACGCAAAUACGACGAAGUAACUGUUGUCACGGGUGAAGAGGACGAACAGAACGCCCUGCAGGUUUAUGGCAAGCUCUUCACUUUUGAUAAGGUUCAAGGCACAUGGAUAGAGCGUGGCCGUGGAACUUUAAGACUCAACGAUAAACAGCUCGAUAAUCACGCACUGCAGUCAAGGCUGGUGAUGAGAACACAGGGUUGUCUCCGCGUUAUUCUCAACACCAAGAUAUGGGCAGAGAUGACGAUUGACAAAACUAGCAGCAAAAGUAUUCGAAUGACAGCCGUGGAUGGCGAUCAGAUUCGUGUUUUUCUUCUUAUGGCUAGUCUCAAAGACACGGAAACGUUGUUCAACGCCUUGGAAUGGCGGUUGGCUACUCUACGGGCCCAUCAAUCGCGAGUAGCAACCGCUGCUGCUGCUGCUGCUGCUGCUGCCAGUUCCAUACCGGAUUCGGCGACAGCUUACCCGGCUGUACCCCAUAACGAAGACGGCACUAGCAGUCCCAAGCGACGAGCUCUUUCCGUUGAAGAAGAGUUAGGCGACGAAACUAAAAAGAAACGUUCCGAAUGACAAAACAACUAAGGGAUACAGGGGGUUGACUCUGCCGCGCACGUAAAACCUCUGCAAUCUUGAAUUUUGCUGAGUCAACUAUAUUAAAAGAAAACGUACCCACAAAAUUUUCUUACUCCUUUGAUUGACGAAGUGUGUGUUUGUUUGAAAAACGAGCCGUGUCUUCGAAGGUAAGACGAAGAUGUUGUUUUUUGGUUGACACCUUCCUGUGUCUCCCUUUUUUUUGUGUUUUUUUUUCCCUCCGAGUACUUGUAUAUUGUAUAUUACAAUAUGUGUACUUGAUUCGAGAUAUUUGUCGCGUAAAGACCUCCUCGCACCUAAACUCACGUUCGUCUCUCUUUUUUCCCCCCUUUUUUUGAAUUUGCAUCUCUUUGCCUGUAGUUUGAAUCAUCGUCGCUGGUUAAACAAUGUUGAGUACCUAAGUUACGCAUUACAAAAUUAAUCUAG